GUGUGUUUUAUAGAAAUGCAAAUAUGUUCACUUUGAUGUCGUGGAUAGCCUAGCUAAUUAGCUACUCUUCGAUCAUUGUAUGUCAGAUGUCAGACUGGCAGUUUAGCUAUUAGUGUGGAUUUUUAUGUUAACCAAGUGGAUAGGUUUUUCAAUUGGUUAACACCGUUAGUUUAGGUAUCCUUGGCGCGUUCUCAUUGGUCUCCUUUGGUCCACCGGAUGUUGGCCCGACUCCUCCCCUGCAGAAUCGCGUGCUGGCUCCUCCUGGUGGUUUCCUGACAGUAGUUUUUCCACCAACUGCCUCUGAGUCCUCUCGUCUCCGCACCCUCCUUGCAGUUAGCACCGUCUGUUAUAAAACAUUCCCUUCUUGCACAUUCUUGCACCACAUACCCUGUUUCGUUCCACCAGUCACACACAGCACUUUACAGUCUCACAUUUUCAUACACAGGAUGCAGCAACAUCUAAUGAACUACUUUAAGUUCAAACUCUUAUAUUCCUUUAAGAUGCAGACAUAAGGUUGUUGUUAUUGUUUCUUUAUUAUUCAAAUGUAUAAUAACCAUGUGUGCCAAAAAUAUCCAUUCAGUUUUGAAAAACAGAAACAUGAGUUGAAUACAUGAUAGGAAUAAAUACGUAAAUGGAUCAUUUGUUUUUUCCAUUUUCAUUUACCAAUUUAAAAAAUGAAAAUGUGAUUGUCUUAUUUACUUUUUAAUUAACUCAGAAAACAUAUGACAUCGAAAAACAGGCCACAGGAAUGAAUAACAUUUUAGUAUUGAACCAGUUGGGUUUCCAUGACCUAGAGCAUUAGUACAUGAGCAAUAGUAAAGAUAUGUUAGCUUGUUAACCGUGACACAGUCCGAACAAUGACCAUGAUCUGCGAGAAGCCCCAAUAAAUCAGGGAAAAACAUGUUUGAAGAUUUAAUGUAAUAAGCUUAAUGCAUUUUAGUACGUCUGAGAUGGAACAUGAUUUUGCAUAAGUCGGGACACGUUUGUGAAUAUUAUCCUUGUUCUUGUCUUAUUUCCACUAUAUUGAGCAUUUGGAUUCAUACUCCUCAACCGAAAAAUAUUUUUUUGUGUACCAUUGCACAAUGCCUGAAAGAAGAGUGAAAAUAACAGUAUUGUUGAAGUCAUUUCUGUUCUUGUUGCUAUGUUCCUUGUUCUUUAUGUCAUACCAGGGCAGCACCGACUGCUGGAGAAAAAUUCCUUGUGUGUUUUUACACACUUGGCCAUUGCAUCUGAUUCUGAUUUGUCCCAGGUUUAGUCCACACAUUGUUCUGUGUGGACAUGAAUAAGUUGAAAAUAAUGCCAUUGGCACAGCUGUUAAGUGUUGGCCUCAGAGGUCUCGGGCUCGAUCCCGGCCCUGUCUGUGUUGAGUUUGCAUGUUCUCCCCGCCCCUGCUUGGGUUUCCUCCGGGCACUCCGGUUUCCUCCCACUUCCCAAAAACAUGCAACAUGAAUUGGACACUCUAAAUUUCCCCUAGGUGUGAUUGCGAGUGUGGCUGUUUGUCUCAAUGUGCCCUGCGAUAUGGCGGCAACCAGUUCAGGGUGUACCCUGCCUCCUGCCCGUUGACAGCUGGGAUAGGCUCCAGCACUCCCGCAACCCUUGUGAGGAUAAGCGGCUAAUGAAAUUGAUGUAUAUAUAUAUGUAUAUGUAUAAUAUUUGUGUGCAGCAAAAUGGCUAAAUCCUGCUUCACCAUGUUUGCCUUGAACUCUUGUGCUCCACGAUUUGACCUGAGUCAGUCGAUCUCAAAGCUCUACUAGGUGUGUAUUCCGUCAGCAUUUCUUUCAUGUAUUCAGGAUCUCAACCAUUGACUGAUUUUAUAAACCAGUUCAAACCACUUUAAAGUCCAUUCUGAAGCUCACUGCACUUUAAAAUUUGAGUUAUAUGCAACCUCUGUGUUCUGGUCACAACCCGAGCUGCAGCAUUCUGAAUGAGCUGCAGCUAUUUAAUGCUCUUUUGAGGAGUCCAGUCAGAAGACUAUUACACUAGUCAAGUCUACGUGAGAUAAAAGCAUGGUCUUCUGGUCUGCUUGAAACAUACAAGCCUUCACUCUACAUAUGUUUUUCAGAUGCUAAAAGGGAUUUUUUGGUGAUUGAUUUGUAAUGACAGUCGGAAUCUAUCAGAACACCAAGGUUUUGGUCUUGGUCUUUGCUUUUUAAAGAUAGUGAGUUCAGGUAUUGACCAACAGCAAUUCAAUUUUCUUUUCUUUAUUGCCAAAAACAAUUCUCUCAGUUUUGAUGUGGUUUGGUUGAAGAAAAUUUUGGCUCAUCGAGUUAUUUAUCCGCUUUAAACAGUGACACAAUACCUCAAUUGAACUAUUGUCAUCUGGAGACACAUAGCUAUGAUAAUAAAAAUUAAAAGUUUUGAAAAAUCUGAAUCUGAAAUCUGGGUAACAUAUACAGGCUGAAUAGGAGGGGUAAAAGAACUGACGCUUGAGGGACACCAUACAUCAUUGCCAUUUGUAGUCUCAUGAUUACAAAGUAGCUCCUUUCCUCCAGGUAGGGCCUGAACCAUUUUCAGAUUGUUCCAUUUAAUCCAACCCAUAUUUCCAACAUUCAGCAGUAUAUUAUGAUCUACUAUUUCAAAAGAUUCACUGAGAUCUACCAAGACUGAGAUUGAUACCUUUCCUGAGUCAGUAUCCAACCUUACAGUGAAGAAAAUAAGUAUUUGAACACCCUGCAAUAUUUAAAGUUCUCCUACUUAGAAAUCAUGGAGAGGUCUGAAAUUUUCAUCACAUAUGCAUGUCCACUGUGAGAACGAUAAUCCAAAAAGAAAAAUCCAGAAAUGACAAUGUGUGAGUAUCAGUAAGACUCAAACUUGUAACAUGGCCAAGAUCAAAUAGCUGUCCAAAGACACCAGAGAUAAAAUUGUAGGACUCCACACGGCUGGUAAGGGCUACAGAGAAAUUACCAAGCAGCUUGAUGAAAAAAGGUCCACUGUUGGAGCAAUCAUUAGAAAAUGGAAGAAGCUAAACAUGACGGUCAAUCUCAAUCGGAGUGGAGCCCCAUGCAAGAUAUCACCUCGUGGGGUCUCACUGAACCUGAGAAAGGUGAGGAAUCAGCCCAGGACUACACGAUAGGACUUGGUCAAUGACCUGGAAAGAGCUGGGACCACCAUUUCCAAGGUGCAUAUUGGUAAUACAGUAAGACGUCAUGGUUUGAAAUCAUGCGUGGCAUGGAAGGUUCCCCUGCUUAAACCAGCUUGUGUCAAGGCCCAUCUUAAGUUUGCCAAUGACCAUUUGGAUGAUACAGAGUCAUGGGAGAAGGUUUUGUGGUCAGAUGAGACCAAAAUGGAAGUUUUUGCUCAUAAUUCGACUAACCAUGUUUGGAGGAAGAUGAAUGAUGAGUUCCAUCCAAAGAACACCAUCCCUCCUGUGAAGCAUGGGUGGUAGCAUCAUGCUUUGGGGGUGUUUUUCUGCACAUGGGACAGGACCACUGCACUGUAUUAAGGAGAGGAUGACCACGGCCAUGUAUUGUGAGAUUUUGGGGAACAACCUCUUUCCCUCAGUCAGAGGAUUGAAGAUGGGUCGUGGCUGGGUCUUUCAACAUGACAAUGACCCGAAGCACAAAGCCAUGACAACCAAGGAGUGGCUCCGUAAGAAGCAUAUAAAGGUUCUGCCGUGGCCUAGCCAAUUGAAGUAAGAAUAAUUUUAUUGUGUUGUUUUUCCAUAUUUAAAAGAUGUUUCGCAAUAGCUUCGUAUAUGUUUCGCAAUAGCUUCGUAUAUGAUCGCAAUAGCUUUGUAUAACCUAAAAGAUGUUCGCAAUAGCUCUGUAUAACCAGCGAAAUCAUAAAAGGAUGUUUCAACAUAACAUAUGAGGUCGUGCACCGCCAUCUGUUGGUAACAAAGAAUAGUGUGGCGUCAGGUGGGAUGAAUUGGCCACUCACCCUCCUUCCGCACACGCUUAGAGUAUAAAAGGAGAACUUUGGAUACUCUCGGUAGAGUCUGCUGCGGGUUGCGUACGGACGCCCAGCCGGUAUUGAAGCCAGCUCUACCUGGAUUGUUGGCUCUCCCUCCUAUUGGCGCACGGUAAGAGCUGGAUAUUCUUCUAAGAGCUGGUUGGAUAUUACUUAGCUUCAUACCACGUGAUUUGUGCUUGUGCUUGUGUUACCAUUUCUGUGUGGGACCAAUUGUUGGUAGCCAGAAGUGUGUCUUGUCUUCAUUUCUGAGUGCCUAUCUCCAAUGAUCCUAUUAAAAUUUGAUACCGAACUCCUGAGCGAGGUAUCAGAAAUGUUUUAAAACAUUUUUGGCAUUGUCGGCAGGAUCGCGGAGAAUACAUUCAGAAAUGGCUUGUUGCUUUAAGAGCAAAACUGUGAAGGAGGCGGAAGUGGCCUCAAGUUUUGAGUGUAAAACGGUGAAGGGAGCAGAGGUGGCUCCCAACAAGGAUGGCGUCUCCGACUGGGAGAGCCUUGGAUUUGAAGAAAUAGGGAAACUCCUUAAACGGUACGGGGGACGCCCUAAGCUGUGGAUAGGAGAAAUCCCCUUGGUAACUCCACCGCUGCUACAGCGCAUGCUAAGCAGGGUGGAUGUGAGGGACAAAGCCCCGCUAGGUGGUGUCCGAGAGAUGUUGUGGAUUUUUGCUGAAGCCUGGAAGGAAAGAACAAAGGCUUUGGAUAAAGUAUGCGCUUCUGAAAUGCAAAAAGAUAAAAAGAUAGCGCAACUUGAAGAGAAUAUUAAAGCGCUUGAAUCUGACCAAGCUAAAGCGCAGAAAAUCUUAGAGAAAUCAGUGGCAUUUAUUUCUUCUAUGGCGCGCGAGAAAAGUAACAAAAGACUGCGUCGCAUCGACCCAAAACAGGUCCGCUCUUUCGCUGUGGCACUCCAGGAAGACUGGGAGCCAGAGGGAUGGAAUGGCGACAUAUGGGGAGAUGGCGACAUGCAAUAUGGCGGGGAAAUGAAACCUCAACCGCUGUACCCACAACUUGGACAUCUCCAAGUUAAACCCAUCUCGCGGAGACGGGAGGAACAGCAUGUUGUCUUGCCCGUCUUUGAAGAACAGCGAGAUGAGAAUAAUGUACCUAUAGUUGAUAGGGAAGGAAACCCUAUAAUGAGGCGAAUAGAACAGCCUCAGCCGCCGCCCAGAAUGACGAUAACAAAAGAGGACUUCUCUCAGGAAGAGAUAGCCCAUUUAACAUCAAAGUAUCGACAAAAUCAGGGAGAACCAGCUGAUUCUUGGCUCAGGCGGAUGUAUGAGGAAGGCGCUGACGCCAUAGAGCUUGACUCAGGACUUUUCGCGAUUUGGAGGAUUGAGUUCAGAUUCUUGAAUGAAUGCCGAGUUUCGUGCAAACGGGAGAGCAAUGGCGGUAGGUGAUUCUUUUUCGCUAUUUGCCUUGUAUGCUAUGACAGCGCAAUCUGUGUAUCCAACGUGGCAUGAUUGGCCCGAGAUCAAAGGGCCUUGGGUAACCAUCCGCGAUGCAAUUCACAGGAUGGGGAGAUUGUGUACGCGCGAGUCGAUAUCGCGAGUGGGUCACAGCAGUGCCAAAGGUGGUGCGUGAUGCAAUGAUUCGAGACGCACCCCCCCACUACAGGUCUGCUAUACUUACCAUUUUGUUAGGAGCCGUCGAUAACAGCUUCAGUGAUGUGAAAACGCACUUGUUGGAGUUGGCGACUUUGGGAGAUUGGGGAGACACAGUACAUCAGCCUCGCCCUGAGAAUUACAGGUCCGAAAAAGAUGGCAGACAACCGCGCGCGAAACCGCCCGAAGGCGGGAGUAGUAGGCGGGAAAUGUGGAAAGCACUCAUUGCAGCGGGAGUACCGGCAGAAGAAAUUGACGGGCUACCCACAAGUGCCUUGGCGGCAAGAUGCAAACAAAGGGGAUUGAAGGUAAGUUGCUUGAGCAGGGGAUCAAAGGGAAAAUCAGAAAUUGCUCAGCUGGCCACCAUCUUAAAGGGAAUGAUGACGCCGGCAGCUCAACCAACAGCCCCUCCCUUGGAUGCAUUUGAGGAUGAAGAAGAGGAAGAGGAAGAUACAGACACAAGCGACAACAUGCGAGUAAACACAAGAGGCCCCAGUUACGUGGCUGCCGUCAGAAAAGGCAAGGCCAAGGAAAAAGGAAAGGGGAGAAGUAAAGAUCGAAGGUCCAAAAGUUUGGAUCUUCUUAGCUAGGAUAGAGGUCAAACUCAGAUAACCAGGCAGAACAAAACUUCACACCGAUGGAACAUAGGGGAUAUCCGGCCCCAUGUUCCAAUGGAAAUUUAUUGGGCUAAUUCGGUACGUGUAUCUGCGCUGGUUGAUACAGGAGCGGAGGCCUCUUUAAUUCACGGGAACCCUGACAAAAUGAGGGGAGAAAUAGUUCCAUUGAGGGGCUUGGGAGGUCAAAUUGUAAAUGGGAAGGCAGUUACGUUGCCUUUAAAAAUUGGAAGAAUGCCAAUUCGCAAAUUUGAAGUGGUGGUUACUCCAGUACCAGAGUGGAUAGUUGGAAUGGACAUUCUAGCUGGAAUGACACUGUAUUUACAGAUGGGAAUAUUCCAAUUUGGAACUGAAAUCAACAUUCGAACUAUCUUAGUGGGGAAGGUGAAAAUGACCCCGUUUCCUAUCCCUGAGGCCACCGAAACUGUUGGCCAAAAACAAUACAGAAUUCUUGGGGGACAGGAAGAGAUUGCUGCUACCAUAAAAGAAUAUUUAGAGGCAGGAGUUCUGAAGACGAUCACAACUAAGUGGAACAACCCCUUGUGGCCGGUGAGAAAAUCUGACGGCACUUGGCGCAUGACGGUAGAUUACCGACGAUUGAACAAACUGACACCAGCACUGACGUCAGCUGUCCCGGAUGCUAUUAGCAUCAUUGAAAGGAUACAGCAUCACAGUGGAACCUGGUAUGGAGUGAUGGAUUUGGCCAACGCCUUUUUCACCAUACCUAUUCCCGAGGACAAAAUGGAACAGUUUGCAUUUACCUGGGAAGGAAGACAGUACACCUUUACUCGUCUCCCUCAAGGGUACCUGCAUAGCCCAACGAUAUGUCACAGGAUUGUGGCAGAGCACCUAGCGGAAGUACCGGUGCCCCGACAUGUUGGUGUCACAUUACAUCGAUGAUAUCAUGAUACAGGGAAACACUGAACCGGAAGUGAAAGAAUGGGUGAGUAAAAUCAUUGAGCAACUGAAAGAGUCUGGUUGGGAAAUAAACCCUGCUAAAAUCCAAGGACCUGCCCAGACUGCCAAAUUUCUGGGGAUAAUUUGGAACAAGGGGGAAAGAGAGAUUACAACCAAAGCAAAAGAAAAGGUGGCGAACUUCCCAGUGCCACACAGCAAAAAGGACGCUCAAAAAUACAUUGGGCUCUUUGGGUUUUGGAGACAUCACAUUCCCCAUUUGGGACAAAUUCUCCAACCCUUGUACAAAUGUACUAGGAAGAAGGAGGAUUUUGAUUGGGGGCCUGAACAACAGGCAUCGUUUGAAUUGGCAAAAGAGGCCAUUCAACAGGCAGUAUCUUUGGGGAAAAUGCAAUCAGGACCUGUGGAGCUGCAGGUGUCUGCGUUAAACGACUACGCAAAUUGGAGUUUGUGGCAAAAGCAAGGGAAAAUCAGAAAGCCUCUAGGCUUUUGGUCACAAAAACUGACUGACGCAGGGAUAAAAUAUACUCCCUUUGAAAAACAACUAUUAGCAUGUUAUUGGGCGUUAGUAGAGACAGAAGCACAGACAGUAGGUGAUGAAGUAAUAAUGAGAACUCAUAUUCCUUUAUUGACCUGGGUGAUGAGUAAUCCCACCACCCACAGGAUAGGGACUGCACAGGAGGCAAGCAUCAUAAAAUGGAAAUGGUAUAUUUCGAAGCGAGUGAAACCAGGAAUAAAGGGCGUGUCGAUGUUGCACGAGCAAAUUGCAGACGUUCCCGAGAAGGAUAAGGUCCCAUUCGAGGUGAAGCCUCUGGAAAAAUCCCCGGUAAAAGCUGGAAAAAAGUGGGAUGAAUUGACCGACAAUGAGAAACAAAAUGCCUGGUUUACAGAUGGUUCUUGUCAGUAUCAUGCUGGCAAGCGAAAGUGGAAAGCUGGGGCGUUCAAUCCACAGGCAGGACAGUCCCUAGAAGAAAUGGGAGAAGGAAAGAGCAGUCAGUGGGCUGAGCUAAAAGCUGUGCACAUGGUAAUAAUGCAGGGAGGACCCAUGGGAGCCCACCUGUAUUCAGACUCAUGGUCAGUGGUACAAGGACUACUAACAUGGAUGCCAACAUGGCAUGCUACUAAUUGGAAGAUACACAACAAGGAAGUGUGGGGCAAAGAACUAUGGGCACAGAUAUGGGAAAAGGCAAAGGAAAUUCCCAUUACUGUGUCACAUGUGGAUGCACACACUAACUGUACAGAUCCGGAAGCCCUGUACAACCGAGCCGCCGACCAACUAGCAAAAAUCAUGGUGGUCGAGCGAGAGUCGAGUCCAGGCCUUGCGAGGUGGGCGCACUACAAGGCAGGACACUGGGGCGUUCAGGGAACACUGCAGUGGGCAAGAGACCGGGGAAUUGAUUUAAAAUUUGAUUAUGUCAAAACUGCAAUCAUGAAUUGCGAGCAAUGCCAACAUCACAAGAGGGGAGUCCCGCAACAUGUCCAAGGACAGUUGCAUAGAGGGAAAAGUUCAGGACAAAUUUGGCAAAUGGAUUUCAUUGGCCCGAUGCCCCUAUCAAAAGGGUGCAAAUUUGUGUGUACUGCUGUUGACACCUUCUCAGGAGUAUUGGUAGUACACCCUUGCAAACAUGCCAAUCAGAAUAGCACCAUCAAGUGCUUGAAUUUGAUUAAAGGGUAUGAUGGAACACCCCUCCAAAUACAAUCAGACAACGGAACCCAUUUCACAGGAAAUGCGGUGCGAAAAUGGUCUCAGGAACAAAAUGUGGAAUGGAUUUAUCACAUUCCAUAUCGCCCACAAGCUGCAGGAUUGAUUGAACGCAUGAAUGGGCUAUUGAAGUAAACGAUGAGGAAAAAUGCUUCUGACAGAACCCUCAAUAAAUGGCGAGAACAAUUGGAGUUGUCGGUUGAACAACUCAACAACCGACCGCUGGGAUCAGGAGUGACCCCACUGAUCCGGAUGAUCUCCAAUCAAGAAACGGUAAGCACUGAGGGAACCAUUAAAAUGUGGAAAAUAGAUCCAAAUGCGGAAAUUCCGGUAAGAGCCACGCCAGGCUCUGCUGGACUGGAUUUGCGGACACUAAAUACAGAAACCAUCCUCCCACAAGAAAUCCAAAUUGUGAGAACAGGGUUGGGACUACAAUGUCCGAAAGGGACAUAUGGUCAUGUUCUACCAAGGAGUGGUUUAUCCCUGAAAGGGUUAACCAUCCAAGCAGGGGUAAUCGACGCGGAUUACCAAGGAGAAAUUGGAAUAAUAUGCAAAUUGUUCGCAGACCAACCCUUGAUUUUGGAAAAAGGAAGCAAAUUGGCUCAAUUGGUAAUUAAACCCUGGAAUAUGACCUCGGUACAGGAAAUUCCAAAACCUGUAUUACAAACUAUGAGGGGGGAUGGAGAAUUCGGCUCGACGGACAAAACGGGAGCUAAAGUAUGGGUUAAACAACCCUUCGGGCCACCAAAGGCUGCCAAAAUUAUUGCGCAGGGAUCAGAUGCAAAAGUCAGCGUGUUGUAUCAAGGACAGGAAAAAUGGGUAAAUGUACCCAUCAGUAAAUGCUAUUCGCGAGAAUACUAAUCAUGUUUUCUUUUGUCAAUAGUGGUAACCAUAUCUGUUGCAGCUUGGUGUGUGCUUGCUGAAGUGGGAGCUGCUGAUUGGACGACCCUCGACGGUAGGACGCAGAGAUGGAGGACAUCCGGCGCCGAGGAAUUGUUACUGACUGGGUCAUCUGCCUCCUUGCCGUUGGUGCCAUGGUCCGACUCUCCUGGGGAAUGACCGAAGGUCAUGUGUGCGAGACAAGCCAGUUUAUCGGGAUGAUACGGAGAAUUUCAGUCAACAUCACCUGUGAUCUUCCCAUGAUGAUAUGUAAGUCCACCACCGAGGUGAUACGGGGGAGUAAGGUGACAGUCUCCGCUUCCUCCGCCACGUGUAUGUGGGACAUCACACUAUUAAAUGGACCUAGCUCUAGUAAGUGUCGUUCUGAUCAUCGAGGGACGACUUGGAUGGCAAUCGCAGAAGAGGAUUUCAUCAUCGGAGAGGUUGGGGAGGAUAAUAAGCCUUUGGGCUGGGGGUAUGUGGUCACGGUCAUUUCUAAAGAGACAAUGAUGCCAAAAAUAACUCAAACACACUUGACUCCCAUCCUUGACACCUGUACACACCUAGCUCAAGCAGUGGUUGAAACCAAGAUACACUGGACGAUUCACUUUCCCCCGAUUCCGAUAUGUAACAGAAUAAAAAGGGCAUGGUAUGAUACUUUGUUGGGGGGAACGGGAACUGUAUUGGGAUUGGCAAAUACUGCUGAUAAUGAGGUAACUUGAACCGUGCUGUCCAAUACUGGAGAACACUGCCAGGGCCUUGCAUCAAGUAGGGGUUUGGCUUCCUAAGGCUCUGGUGGGACAAAAAGAAAAUGCAGAACUUUGGAAAACAGUGUUUAAUUGGGAUAUGAAAUUAUGGGACGAAGCAGGGGAAGUGCUUCAGAACUUGACAAAACAGAGUAACUGGACAGUAUGUAGUAUUCAAACUCUACACGCUGCGGCUCAAAAAGAGUCGUUUCUAAGGAUAGUUACGUCGGGAAAUUAUCAAGAGUGGCGGAAGGUUUGGAACACACCGACUCUUUGUGGUUGACAUUACAUCCCGAACAUACCAAAUGUGACAAAAAUAAAUGUACGGGGUAUUGGACCCAGUACAACGUGACGACAACAAAGGUGGUUUGUAAAUAUCAAGUUUUGCCUGUCAUAACGACAAGAGGAUAUUGGUUUUUACACAUGGACGGAGAGUGGUUUGAGCCAAAAACCAACAAAACCUUUAAAUCAGAUUUAUGUGACUUAACAGACCAAGGGUUGGCUUGCAGAUUACAACAUGCGUACUCGAAUCCGUCCCUAACCGACUCAGAGGUUGUACUUUGUGAUUGGACUAGGGAGCCAGCCAGAGAGAUGAUGUGGAAAGUUGGACCGCAUACUCUCUGUGUGGCUACAACACAAAAUAACUCACAAGUACCUUCGGUUCCUUUUGUAGGAUGCCUUCGAGAUGUACACAUAUGGCGCUGGGAAACAUGACAUAUCGUUUGACCAACUAUUCGGAGUCCCGCAGGUUGACUGCGGUCCAGUGGGAGGUACUACGCUUCCCCUGGUCAGUGUCUCUGGAACGAUUCAAAUGCGCAUUGGAGAAUUCUACAGACAUCCAAAAACUCAUCGAGUCACAUGCGUCUAACAUUUCCAGUCUCAUGGUGUCAACUCUGGUAGUAAGCGGGGAAGUAGUGCAUGCUGCUAAAUUAGUACAACAGGCGUCAGCUCAUCAUUGGUGGGACAUCUUCACAGGAAUGUCUCCACUGCGCGUACUACUUUCGUGCCACCCUUGAUCGUGUUAAUGAUUGUUGUUUGUGUGCUUACGCUAUGCAAUAUGGGAACUUGCUAUUAUGUGCGUCGCAUACGAAUAGAGGUAGAAAAGGAAAUAUAUAAUCACCUAUAAUCAAUUGCUUACAUUUUGAAUGAUGGAAAAACAUCAAGAGUGGAAUGAAGUAAGAAUAAUUUUACUGUGUUUUUCCAUAUUUAAAAGAUGUUUCGCAAUAGCUUCGUAUAUGUUUCACAAUAGCUUCAUAUAUGUUUGCAAUAGCUUUGUAUCACCUAAAAGAUGUUCGCAAUAGCUCUGUAUAACCAGCGAAAUCAUAAAAGGAUGUUUCAACAUAACAUAUGAGGUCGUGCAACGCCAUCUGUUGGUAACAAAGAAUAGUGUGGCGUCAGGUGGGAUGAAUUGGCCACUCACCCUCCUUCCGCACACGCUUAGAGUAUAAAAGGAGAACUUUGGAUACUCUCGGUAGAGUCUGCUGCGGGUUGCGUACGGACGCCCAGCCGGUAUUGAAGCUAGCUCUACCUGGAGUGUUGGCUCUCCCUCCCAUUGGCACACGGUAAGAGCUGGUUGGAUAUUACUUAGCUUCAUACCACGUGAUUUGUGCUUGUGCUUGUGUUACCAUUUCUGUGUGGGACCAAUAAAGUGCCAAUUGUUAGUAGCCAGAAGUGUGUCUU